CAUUUUAAUCAGCUGUUUGGUCACGGUGUUUACCAAACCAUGGCCUGUUUGUUCAGUAGACAGAGAGCUGUACUCGUAUUGUUUUUUGCGGAAGACACAGUUGGGCAAUGUGCAUGCCUGUGGAGCAAUUUUACAGUUGCUGAUAUAUGUGGCAGGAAGGAAUUACCAUAUCCUGUUCCUGGGCUGUAGUCAGUCUUCUCGGUGAGUCCGAGCUGAAUUCGAGGUGGAGACUGCUAGCCGGCUCAAUGAGUAGAUGAUGCGAAGGUUUCUGAAGAGGGCGUUUGAGGACAUGAUGUGGUUUUAUUUUAGCUGCUAUAUAUUUCACGAGAGGGUGUCCUGUUUUCUGAGGACAGAUUUGCACCUAGUCCUUGCAUCUGUGAUAAUUGCUCUGGAAAUUAAAUCACCGCAGGCCAGUUGGUUUUGAGCAGAAGAAUUUGGUUUUCUGAAUUUCGUUGCAGAAAUCUGUCGCGUGGAUGCUUCUGAAGAAUUUAAUCAUGGAUGCGUACGUAGCAACUAGAGAAUCAACUGAGGAAUAAGAAGCCCAUGCGGCCCAUCCCGGCUGUGUCAUACAAAGCCCAGGAAGGAAAGCCCAAACAUCGUUCUAGCUUCUUCUUCCCCGUUCCCGUUGCCACUCCAUCCAUCCUUCUAUCUCUGCGGCGCCGCCGCCAAUGGAACGGAAACUUCCGUGCGUCCUCCUCCGUCCGCUCCCCGUCUCGAUUCCGAGUAAUCCCAAGAAGUCGACGAUAGGGUUGCAUCGAGGGGGCCGAUAGGUACUAAGGAGUAUAUAUAUCGGAUUGAUUAUCUGCAGGAGGACUGACUAUAUCAAAGCUUAGUUGUUGUACCGAGACGGCGGAAGUACCCACUGAAGCAUGUUUUAAUUUGAGCAUUGCCGAUAAAAUUAUGCAGUAGCCAAUCCAAUCGGCCGAGCAACUCCUUCAUACUGUUUCCGUAAAGAUUGGAUGGAACGGGGAUUAAAUUGGUGGCUUGUUGCCAUCAGGUACGGUACGUGCGAUUAAAUCCACCGUGUAACAAUUUGCAGCACUGAGUCCUCUCAAAACUGCAAUCUGCACAAGGGACAAGGGGAUGACCACAUCGCCCGUUAGCAGCCAAUGCAUAUGCGGACGAACCUCAACUGUGAACAAUCAAGACUGUAUCGGAUUUAGUCAUUAUUUUAUAUAUGCAGGGAAGCUCAAAGGCGUUGAUUCACUGAACAUAUAUUGGCUUAUCAGUUAUCAAGUAUAUAUUUCCCCACAUUCAGGUAUAUAUUCUUCUCUACUGCAGUGGCUACUUUUGGCUUUCAAAGACUUGACUAGUUAUAAAAUCUGCAACUCUGCACCUCGCAGUGAUGUAAAGGUAUUUAGGAACGGAGGGAGUAUUUAUGUAGUUAGUAUCAUUAUCUGGAGCCUGGUGUAGUUCCGGUCAAAAGGAAAACGGGGGCACAAUUAUGGAGGGAGGAUGAAAGAGGCAGUCGUCAUUGGUCACAUAGCCGGAUGGAAACUUUAUUACCCUCGGGCCUUGGCUUCUGCAUCCAGGAUGCUGUCGAUAGAACCGAAUUCAUUCCAUCUGAGUUGAAUUUUGUAGCUGGAUGAAAACUUUAUUACCCUCCCGAGGUGAUCAUGGCGAAGCCGUGUUCUUCAGUCCAUUCAGUGUGGCUUGGAUGGGCACGAGGCGGGGGCUUGUUGCGACAAUUUCUAAAAGUAAUUUUCAUUAGUACCUUGAACAAAAUUUUGGCAGGCCUGGAAUUUUGAGAGAAAAUAAUUUUUUUGAGACCACUGUAGGAUGAUGCAUUGAUGCUUAGGCGGCCUAGUUGCAGCUAAGAGAGAACAAGGGGCCAAGACAAGAGCCGGCCUUUGCCUCCUGUCAAUUUAUCAUUCCCUUCCCAUCAAUCCUCAAAUCUUGCUUCUUGCUGCACCAUACGCAUCAAUACUUUCUUGGAGGCUUCAUAUUUCCUUGUCUGUUUCGUGGAGAGAACUAUUGACUCUAAUAUGGAGGGGAUUUAAAACUUUUCUUUUUCUUGGCCUCGUUAACUCUAAUGUGCUGUAUUUGUCUGCAUGUAACCUCUGCUCUUCAUGCUGUAAUCUGCAAUGAAAAUUCAGGUGGGGAUUCAAAAAAAAAAACAUAAUUUCUUAUCCCAAGUUCCGCGCCCCCACACUGGAACUUGGUAUGCUGCUGUACACGCAGUGGGAUAAGUCUCACAGGUUGCCUUUCAUCUUAUCAUGUGUCCCAAUGCAAGACUUGUUAACUUUCUUUCUUGCUCGAUCCGACGACCUGUCUCACAGCCCUUCACCUAAUUAUGUUAGUUACUCUCCGAUUAAUUCAGUUUGGUAGUUCUGUUCUUGUAGGAACUAUUGACUGCAGAAUCACAAGUCCUUUUUUAAUGGAAUUAUCUGCAGAACAUCAUCGGCACAUAUUUGCUAGGACAUCUGAGGAGGUGAUUGAAUGGAAUGUAUUCCGGACCAAAAUUCUGAAAGAGACAUCCGAUUGACGAGAAUAUCUUUAAAUUCAUUUUGCUAAGACCAGAAUAAAUAUGAUAGGUUCCCUAUCCUAAACAUCUACUUGGAAUGAAUCAUGCAAUGGAUCUCGACCAUGUAGAAAUAACUUAACACAGUUCUUCAGCCUGUUUAAGGUUCAGAGGUGCCUCAAACAAGAGCGUUUUCUUUUUCUUUUUUGAGAGGUGGCCGGGGAAAGACUUUCAAGACAAAUGGCCCACAGAAAACUGGCCUAUGCGAUAUGACGGGCCCUUUGUGUACAAACUGGAUUAUCAAACAGGGCAAUGUAAAAAAGAGGUAUCAAACAGGGUCUUCGGUUUUUAACUUCUAUAUAUCUCUUUACGUACCAACGGAAUAUCAUAAUCAGAUGCACAGGAGACACUACUGGACUGAAUUUCCCAGGAGAGGCUACUACGUAAUGACAAUAUUGACUAGUUCUAAAGUGUGCAGCUUGUGUAAAUUACAAGGGGCCAAGGGCCGGCCAGCAGCAUUAGUUGCUUCAUGCGGCACCAUUUGCUUCAAUACUUUCCUAGAGGCUUCAUAUUUUUUUGUUCUCUGUUUCAGGGAGAGAACGAUGCUGGAUUCUGCUAAGAAUUAAUACAACUUUAUUCGCUUUCAAAACCUCUUUUUUUCUCCAUCUCGUUAACUCUAGUGUGCUGCUGGCAGCUUCGGAAGCACCGCGAUAGGAUUGUUUUUCGUGGCCUUUGGCUCCAGUCUAGGAAGAGCUAUAUUUGUCUGCACGUAACCUCUGCUCUUCAUACUGUAGUCUGUAACGAAAAUUCAGAUGCAGUGGGACAAGCUGGUACUCUAUGUGGACCAAGGUUUCCACUGAAACCUCACCAGACUUCUACAUAAUCCUUUCGUCGUCUCACUCAUUCUAUCGUCAGGAGAUUUCAUUGCAAAGAAAGUAUUGUGAUUAUUUCCUGAUAUCCGUUAGUAAUGAUCGAGUUGAUCAUCAGAGGCUGACUACUGCCCACUGGAUGAUUUGACGGCCUUGUUUGGAGAGAUGUCUUUCAAGAUCAUGUUCUUGAUCUUCGUUAAUUGACAGGACACAAGGGAGUUGCCUAGUAUUUAAAGGUACAUGUGAUGGCAACCAUAUUAUUUCCUUUUAUUGGGUCAUGUAUAAAAAAGAUUCAAGAACUUGCUACCGACGAGGCGGUACUAAUACUGGGAGUCAAACAAGAGCUUACAGAACUGCAACGAAGAAUGAAGCAAAUACAAUGUUUUGUUAGUGAUGCUGAGCAGAGAAGCAUACAAGAGUCUGCAGUUAGCAAUUGGCUCGGUGAGCUUAGAGAUGCCAUGUAUGAUGCUGACAAUAUUAUUGAUCUGGCAAGGUUUAAAGGAAGCAAGCUACUAGUAGACAAUCCUUCAUCCUCAAGAAAAUCAACUCUAUGCAGUGGCUUCUCACCCUUGUCUUGCUUUCAUAAUAUCCAGAUUCGUCAUGAGAUUGCCGUCCAAAUUAGAAGCCUCAACAAAAGAAUAGAGAAGAUUUCCAAGGAUAACAUUUUUUUAACACUUCAUAACACAGCACCAAAUGGAGAAAUCUCUGUUCCAAAUUGGAGAAAAAGAUCACACCUUGUUGAACCCAACCUUGUGGGAAAGGAGAUCAGAUAUUCUAGUAAGAAAUUGGUUGAGUUGGUGCUUGCACAUAACAAAAAUAAGGAUUAUAAGUUGGCUAUUGUUGGGACUGGAGGAGUUGGUAAGACAACACUAGCCCAGAAAAUAUACAAUGAUCAAAAAAUAAAAGGAAACUUCAAGAAACAUGCCUGGAUUUGUGUUUCUCAAAAUUACAAUGAAGCUAAUAUUCUGAAGGAGAUUCUCCGAAAUUUCGGAGUGCAUGAAGAGCAAGGUGAAACCAUACCAGAGCUUCAGAGCAAAAUUGCAGAAACAAUUGAGGGCAAUAGUUUCUUUCUUGUUCUAGAUGAUAUGUGGCAGUCCAAUGUAUGGACCAAUCUACUAAGAACUUCAUUACACAAAGCAACUGCAGGAGUAAUUUUGGCGACAACACGAGAUGAUACAUUUGCAAUGAAAAUAGGUGCUCAACAUACCCAUCGAGUUGAUCUCAUGUCCAUAGAGGUGGGGUGGGAGCUCCUUUGGAAGAGCAUGGGUAUUGACCAAGAGGAAGAAGUGCAGAAUCUAAGAAACACAGGGAUUGAGAUCAUUCAUAAAUGUGGUUACCUUCCUCUUGCAAUAAAGGUCCUUGCUAGUGUUUUGGCAAGCAAAGAUCAAACAGAGAAUGAAUGGAAAAAGAUUCUGAGCAAAAGUUUUACUUUAUCCCAGAGCAAACUUCCCGAUGAAAUAGAAAGGUCUUUGUAUGUAAGCUACAAUGAAUUACCACAUCAUCUGAAGCAGUGUUUUCUUUAUUGUGCUCUGUUCCCUGAAGAUGCUACCAUCGUGCGUGAUGAUAUUGUCAGGUUAUGGGUCGCUGAAGGCUUUGUAGAGGAGCAACAAGGCCAACUGAGUGAAGAAACAGCAGAAGAGUACUACUACGAACUAAUCCACCGGAAUCUCCUCCAACCAGAUGGUUCAACUUUUGACCAUACUAACUGCAAAAUGCAUGACCUCUUAAGGCAGCUUGCUUGUUAUUUAUCGAGAGAAGAAUGUUUUGUUGGUGAUACUGAAUUAAUAGGCGGUCAAAGCAUGUCUAAAUUGCGACGCCUUUCAAUAGUCACGAACAAGGAUAUGUUAGUGCUCCCUAUAGUGGACAGGGGAAAUCACAAAAUGAGAACUUUGAGAAUUCCUUAUGCGGUCUCCCAAGGAGUUGGUAAUUCAAAUUUCAAGAAACUUUUACAUCUUCGUGUUUUGGAUCUUGCUGGUUCAUCCAUACAAACCAUCCCAGAUUGCAUUGCAAAGUUAAAUCUUCUACGACUUCUUGAUCUCAAUGGUACAAAUAUAUCUUGUCUUCCAGAGUCAAUUGGCUAUCUCAUGAACCUUCAGAUACUGAACUUGCAAAUGUGCAAAGGUUUGCACAACCUUCCUCUGGCGAUCACUAAAUUAAUUAAUUUAAGGCGCCUUGGUAUGGAUUAUACAGACAUAAAUCAGGUUCCAAAAGGUAUUGGUAAAUUAGUGUCCCUCAACGAUUUGGAAGGAUUUCCUAUUGGUGGUGAAACUGUUAGUCGUGAGACGCAAGACGGAUGGAAUUUGGAAGAGUUGAGGCAUCUCUCAAAUCUAAGGCGUCUUGACCUAAUCAAACUGGAAAGAGCAACAACUUGCAGUACAGAUUCAUUACUAAUAGACAAAAAAUAUCUCAAAGUUUUGAAUCUACAGUGCACGAAACAUCUAAUUGAAUCUUAUUCAGAAGAAGAUGUUGGACACAUUGAGAAGAUCUUUGAGCAGCUUAUCCCUCCACACAACCUGGAAGAUCUACUUAUCGUUGAUUUCUUUGGUAGAAAGUUCCCCACCUGGCUUGGUUCCACCCAUUUGGUCUCAGUGAAAUACUUGAAGCUCAUAGACUGCAAUUCCUGUGUGCAUCUUCCCCCACUCUGGCAACUACCAAACCUAAAAUACCUGAGAAUUGAAGGAGCAGCAGCAGUUACCAAGAUUGGGCCCGAAUUCGUGGGCUGCAGGGGAGAUAAUCCCAAAUCCACGGUGGCAGUUGCUUUCCCCAGGCUGGAAUCGUUGGUCAUCAGGGAUAUGCCCAACUGGGAGGAGUGGUCCUUUGUUGAAGAAGGAAAUGCAGCGGCAGCAUCUAUGGAAGGGGAGGAGGAUGGAUCUGCUGAGAUUCGAAAAGGGGAAGCCCCGUCUCCAAGGGUGCAGGUGCUGCCACGCUUGAAGAGGUUGGAACUUGGAGGCUGCCCCAAGCUGAGAGCUCUCCCACGACAGCUUGGACAGGAGGCCACCUGCUUGGAACUGCUCGGAUUGAGAGGAGCAAGCAGCUUGAAGGUGGUGGAGGACCUCCCGUUCCUCUCGGAGGUGCUUUUAAUCUCACGAUGUGAUGACUUAGAGAGGGUCUCGAACCUUCCUCGCGUGGGGAGGCUACGUGUAGAACAUUGUCCAAAGCUAAGGUGUGUUGAGGGGCUGGGAAGCUUGCGGCAGCUGUGGUUGGAUGAGGAUAUGCAAGAGAUGUCUGAGCUCUGGGUGUCUGGGCUCCAACGGCAGUGCCAAAAGCUUCACGAUGAAGACCUGGAUGUGUACGACCGGGCUUGAUUAGCAGCGUUGCUGUAUGGAUUCUGAAGACUGAGGCUGUUUAGUCUGAAGAGGUCUUGAUCUUCCAUCGCAAUAGGCGCAGCAUGUGAUGUACCUUCUUUGGGAGAAAAUCAUAAAAAAAAUAGUAAAAGGAAAAAAAUUCCAAAAAAAAUGAUGAAAACACAAAAAGCAAAAAAAGAGAGAAAAACAAAAAUCCAAAAGUUCCUUCAUUUGGCUUGUAAUGGUUAGCUACAUUUGGGCAAACACGUCUAUACUUUUAUGUGAAUUUUGUUUUAGUAGAGUAGGUAACUCCGCCUAUGUGAGGACAAAUGUAAUACUUAUUUCGUGGGCAUAGCCGGUUCCAAGCCCGGGAGAAGGAGAAGGACCAACCAUGUUGCAGCAUCUUUAUACCAACAAAUACAGUACUUGUGUUGCAUAGCUGGUUUGAAGCUCAUCACAUGAUUCUUGUAUGCAGUUUUUCCCAUGUAUAGAGAUGUACUAGUAAUGUACUAGUGUCAGCGUGGAAGACCAUCAAGAAGCUCAUCACAAAGAUUUUUGAUAUGCUGUUAUUGUGGAAGACCAUGGAGGUUCGCUUUUCAUCACGUUGUCAAGACCCCAAUUUGCACAGCAUCUCAUCUUGAGUAAGAGCAAGUCCAGCAGCUCCCCGAAACCCUCCCCGACAGAAAAAUAGGGGAGAAACCAGAAAAAUAGGAAAAUCUCUGCUGGGGAUGCCGCAAGAUGGUCUGGCUCCACUCUAGCCUCAGACGCGAGAAACCCUGCUCUCCUGCGCCUGCUCCUGCUGGUUGUAGGUUCGUCCUUUGCUUCCUGCUGUCUGGGGUUAGCUAAAUAAAUUCGAUAGGAUCGAUAUCAUCAUUUCCUGGAACAAAGGUUAAUUUGGCCGUGGCUGCUUAUCAAAUGCGGAAGUUACUCGAACAAUGCUGCACGGCUGACGGAGGAGGUUGAUGGAACGAUUAGCAUAAGAUCAAUAAAUUGGAGGAGCAAUGCUUGGACCACGACAUUUCUCUAGCAAUGGACGCUGGAAGCAAAAGGAAUGUACCGCAGCAGGUAUGCUCUCACGGUGUUUGUGAAUAUGUCAGGCUGGGAAAAAGAACAUGUGUUCGGUACAGCAGAGACCACAAGAGUUGUGUUUACUUCUGCUGCAUUUCUCAACAUCAUUUUACAAGGUGAUGGGUAGUGUUAAUCUAAGACUACUCCACUGCAGUGGGCUGGUGGCUUGUCGCCGUUGACCUGAUUUCCUCUCGCACCAAGUUCUUCCGUUCUGUGGUGCCGCUGGCCAUGGCUAAGCCCUGUUCUUCAGCCCAUUGAGAGUUGAUACUGAUUUCCUCUCGCACCAAAUUAUUCCGAUUUGUAUGCAGUAUGCACACACAUGCAUGCUCAUUCCGAACUCAACUUACAAAUGUGAUGGGUUGUUAGAUAAGCCUAACUGCCCAAGGCAUUCAUUACACAAAAUCUGCUCAAUGGUGUUGCAGAUUUAGAGGAGUUAGCUACCAGUAAUUCUCUCUUUUAGUAAUGAGAUGAUUCAGAAGCUAUCGAGGUUAUAGAUCAGAUAUGUAUUAGACUGAAGGUCAACUAUCCAACAUAUCUCCAUCGUGAAUCACCAUGAAAAGAAGUGGUCAUGGGGAUUUUAUUGCUCGAGAUGCAGGUGUUCAGUUUGUCACUUUGUUGAGCAUAUGGAUAUUUCACAUACUAGCCUUUUCCCAAAAAGAUAUAUAUCUCAUCUAGUGCUUCAUAGGGCUGAUUCUUUA